UUUACUUUAAUUAAAUCUUUCCUCCAUUUCCAGACUGCUGACGAAGACAAGUCACCCACAACACCCUCGUCACCGAGCCAUGAGAUCAGCAAACUAAAAGAUCAGUUGGAGCAACAGGCCAUACAAACUCGGCAGGCAUUGGCGCAGUUGAUGUUGGUACGUGAGCAGCUCAUAUCGGAAACGAAUGCGCGUAUCGAAGCUCAGGCACGCACACAGCAACUCUUGCAACAGAAUCGUGAGUUGCUUGAGCAUUUAGCUUCACUGGGUGCUUACAAUGAACAGCAGACCACCGGACUGACAUCGGCCAACAUCGGCAUGGCACCGCAGCUGCAAAUGCUUCUGCAAGCCACUGGCAACAAUAACAACUUGGCCACCAUAAAUCAACAAAUCAGUAGCCUUGGUUCGAUUAACCAACAGCUGACAUCACUCAGUCAUCAAUUGAGCGGGUUGAAUCAGCAGAGUCAAAACAUACAAAAUAUCCAGAAUAUUAAUGCUGUACAACAGCAGCAGCAACCAUCGCCGCCGGUCUCAGUUGCCCAACAACAAUUGACAACACCCUCCUCGGCUGCCUCGAUGCCUCAGUCACAGCUGCACUUGAACAUCGCCACAACAGCGAGCUCUGCUAACAGCAGUAGUAGCAGCAACACCAACAAUAACAACACCAGCCCAUUUCCCACAAUAAACCAACUGCAGAGCAUUAGCAAUCAGCUGCAGCAGCUCAACGCACAAGCUACGCAGUCGCAGCAAGACGCGCUAUCCAAAGACCUUUUUCAGGUCAACCAGGAGCUGUUGAACCGACUACAGGCGCUUAAUCUUGGCGCGCGCAAUGCGAGCGCGUUGGUUCCGCUGUCCAAUGCACAGCAAACACCGUCGCCCCGCAACUCGUUCUUCUACGUCAAUCCGAUGUCCUGCAGCCCAGCCAACAACAACAAUACCGCCAGCAAUUUCAACUUCCUCAGCUCACCGAGCCCACUGUCGGGUCAGUUGACGCCAUCGCCGAUGAGCACACUCACACGCAAUUCUUACACAAACAGCCCGCAGCGGCAACACCAGCAACAACAACUGCAUGAUGCGGAAGCGCUACGACUCAGCAGCAUCGACCAGAAUCUGAACAACCUUUUAGAUGAACAACUUAUGGAACCACUAAGUGGGCCGAUGGUAACGGUCGCUUCCAACGGCAACAUAGCCGGAAGUAGUCCCUCCGGUACUCGUGAAUCCAGCCGCUCCUCGUCGACGCUGGACUCAACGUCACCAUCAUCGCCGCACAUACGCAAUGUCAACAAUGAGUCUCGCUUCAACACAGUGAUGCUAAAGGUCACCGACGAAGCGGGAAUUGUGACCAACCAACGGAAGCUCUCAGCCACGCCCAGCUUCAUACAACGCAGCACCAGCGAAAAAGUGCCCAACCGCAGCCAAAUUAUGAGCCAAGUGCAACGCACCGCCUGGGCGCGUCACACAACCAAAUAACAGCAGGAUGCAGGCCGAGACGGUGAAAGCUAUAUGGAUGGCAUCAGGAAUAUAAUAGAAACUUAGUUAUGACUAAGUUGGGAGGGUCGUGUUUGAUCAGAACACAGUAGGGAAGGGUAGUGUGGCACAAUGCUAGCGAUUGUGCCCGAACGUAAAAUUGUUUA